AUAUGUUUUAUAUUCAUUGAUUUCUACUCUCUUGUAACGGAAUGCAUAUGUUAACAAUUUGUAAAUACAACAGGUUUGCAAAACCAGCCAUAACAGUUGGCCUAGUUCAGCUUUUCUGAAGAAGCUUUCGUUACUUCUAACGGAGGAAAAACCAAAGCGCAAAUACAAUAAAGCCAGAAACAGAAGACCCUCCUUCCUAUUCUUCAUUCUUCACUCUUCAAAGCCAUCAACACCUGUUGAUGGGUCUCAUAGUGCCAUAAAUUUGAUCCAAAGGAGAUAGCCUUUUUCAUCUGCUUUUUCUCUAUCUCUUUCUAGUUUUCUUUAUCAUCAGUUUCAAUUGUUUUAUUGCAUAUUUUUCUGAUUACUCUAUAGCCCAACAUUACAAGCAUUAACAGUAAAAGUUUCAUUGUUGUCUCUCCAAAAAUGAAGGCCUCAAAUACUCAAUACCCAUUAAACUCUGUUUCUAAACUCUGCAACAUUCAAUUCCACUUUCUUCAUCUCCUAUCCUAUAUUCUAAUCUUGGUAUUUGGUCUAACCCUUGGAGUUAUCUUCAGUUUCUAUCUGAAGGACUGCAUCUUUAGCCUACAAUUCACUCAGUUCUCGCUCUCCGCCUUACCUCGAGCCCCGCCUCUAUCACCACCACCGCCGCCGCCAAUUGAAAAGCCAGCAGUUUCUAAUCACAGCCGUGUGGGAUUGAAGGAGUUUCUUAAGCCUCCUGGUGUUGUUAUGCAUGAUAUGAAUGAGGAGGAAUUGAUGUGGAGAGCUUCGAUGACUGCGAAGAUCAAUGAGUACCCGUUUGAUCGUGUUCCUAAAGUUGCUUUCAUGUUUUUGACAAGGGGUCCUGUGUUUCUAGCACCUUUGUGGGAGCAAUUCUUCAAAGGGCAUGAAGGGUAUUACUCCAUUUACGUGCAUGCCAAUCCAUCUCAUAAUGGAACAUACCCGGAGAAGUCAGUGUUUCACGGUCGGAGAGUUCCCAGUCAGGAAGUGGAAUGGGGCAAUCCCAACAUGAUUGAAGCAGAGCGUCGCUUGCUAGCAAAUGCACUCCUUGACAUUUCAAACCAACGAUUUGUUCUUGUUUCAGAAUCCUGCAUUCCACUCUUCAACUUCACAACCAUCUACUCUUAUUUAAUAAACUCCACCCAAAACUAUGUCAUGGCCUUUGAUGAUCCUAGCCCAGUUGGUCGUGGCCGCUACAGCAUCCAAAUGUUACCUGAAAUCAGCCUCUGGCAGUGGAGAAAAGGGUUCCAGUGGUUUGAAAUGGACAGAGAACUCGCAGUUGAAGUGGUUUCUGACAGAACAUACUUCCCAGUUUUUCAACAGUACUGCAAAGGUUCAUGCUAUGCUGAUGAACAUUACUUGCCAACGUUUGUGAACAUCAUGUUUGGGGAGAGGAACUCAAAUAGGAGCUUGACUUGGGUUGACUGGUCAAGGGGUGGACCCCACCCUGCUUCUUUUACUAGGUCUGAUGUGACUGUUGAGUUCUUGGAGAGGUUAAGGAGCAAGAGGUGCAAGUAUAAUGGGAAAAGCAGCAAUGUUUGCUAUCUUUUUGCUAGGAAGUUCUUGCCUAGUACUCUGUCCAGGCUUGUUAAGAUUGCACCAGAGGUCAUGCAUUUUGAGUACCACCAUAGGCACAAAAACAGAAGCUUAUCACUACAACCUACCAUUUAAUUCAUUUUUUUCUUCUUGCAAGUUUUUCUAUUAUCUGGUAUAGAGUAUAGACUUUUUUUCAUUAGCCUUAUAUGGUAUAGAGUACAGACUCUUUUUCAUCAAUAUAGUCUAAUUUGACUCAUUGGAUUUCAUUUUCUA